GCACUCUUUGCCACACACUUGGAGUGCUUCACUUAACAGUUUCAUCUCCCAGUUGCGCCAUUGUCCUGAAUCCCAGAAGCUCUAGCAAAACUUGUGUACAUCUUACCCUGCUCUGUUGCUGCUUCACAGGUCUGCUAGGUCGACUCUCACCGCUGUUCACUGAAAAGCAAACACCAGCUCAAACAGGGAUUUGUGGGUGGAAGACGCAGUGAUCAUCAGUUAUCAUCAGUUGGAUUUACCAACCUUGGAGCUAUUUGAAAGGGAAUGAUGUUUCCACUACUCGGUGGGACGUAAUGAUGCUUGACAAAUCAUCUGUUACCAGAGACUACGUUAUUCCUGACAUCCUAACUCUUCAGUACUGCUCAAAAAGCAGGAUGCAGCGUAUCAGGGAAGGCAUUCACAUACGCACCAUGAAGGCAAAGAGGAAAGUGGAGGAGAUCUCCAAAGAGGAUGUCCAGGCUUUCCUCAAGAAGCACGCCUUUGUGCUCUUCACAGUUGGAGCGGUUAUUGUAGGUAUUGCUCUGGGAUUUGUGCUCCGCCCCUAUAAGAUGGCAUAUCGAGAAGUGAAGUACUUCUCCUUCCCUGGGGAGCUGUUGAUGAGAAUGCUUCAGAUGCUUGUUCUGCCCUUACUGAUCUCCAGUCUAAUAACAGUUUUCAUUGGUAUCAUAAUCGUCCUCGUCAUCCACCCAGGAAAAGGAUCAAAAGAGGAGUUUGGAAAGCAGCAGACAAUAGAACACGUCAGUCCUGCUGAUGCCUUCUUAGAUCUGAUCAGGAACAUGUUUCCACCAAACUUGGUCCAAGCCUGCACACAGCAGUUCAAAACCAAAUAUGGGAAGCGAUCAUACCAUGUAUCAGUGACAGUAAAUGACACCCUCUUCAACUCAACCAACGGCACCCAGGAAGUCAUGGAGAUCACACGGGAGGAAGUGAUCCCACUGCCGGGUCAGGUGAAUGGGGUCAACGCCCUCGGCCUGGUCGUCUUCUCCAUGUGCUUUGGUCUGAUAAUUGGCAACAUGAAGGAGCAGGGCCAGCUUCUGAGGGAUUUCUUUGACAGUCUCAAUGAAGCAAUCAUGCACCUAGUUGCCAUCAUCAUGUGGUAUGCUCCUAUUGGUAUCCUGUUCCUAAUUGCAGGAAAGAUUGUGGAGAUGGAUGAUCUGACACAAAUGGGUGGCCAGUUGGGCAUGUAUACCAUCACUGUGAUCAUUGGCUUACUGAUCCAUGCUGUUCUCAUUCUUCCCACUCUUUAUUUUGUUAUCACUCGGCAGAACCCCUUUAUCUUCAUUGCUGGGCUCGUGCAAGCUCUGGUAACAGCCCUUGGUACCUCCUCCAGCUCAGCCACCCUCCCUGUCACAUUUAAAUGUCUGGAGGAAAACAACAAAAUUGAUAAGCGAAUCACACGUUUUGUGCUGCCUGUCGGUGCCACCAUCAACAUGGAUGGAACAGCUCUCUAUGAAGCGCUGGCAGCCAUCUUCAUUGCUCAGGUCAACAAUAUAGAAAUGAACUUUGGUCAGAUAAUCACCAUAAGUAUUACAGCAACUGCAGCGAGUAUUGGAGCGGCUGGCAUCCCUCAGGCAGGCCUGGUCACCAUGGUGAUAGUACUGACCUCCGUUGGACUUCCUACUGAUGACAUCACUCUCAUCAUUGCAGUUGAUUGGUUCCUGGAUCGUCUGCGCACAACCACCAAUGUUUUGGGGGAUUCGAUUGGAGCUGGCAUUGUUGAGUUCUUGUCUCGACACGAGCUCCAAACCAGAGAUGUGGAGAUGGGAAACUCGGUGCUAGAGGAGAAGGAGAGGAAGAAACCUUACAAGCUCAUCGGCCAGGAUAGUGAUUUUGAUAAACAUGCUCACUGUGAAUCAAACAUUUAGUUCAACCUUCAACAUCUGUUAACACAGCUGGUUUGAUUUUUGGGAAUAGGGACAUAAUUGUGAGUUGUUAUAAGCUAUAGUUUUACUGUCAUUAUUUCACAUUGGAUUUGUUAGCAUUUCUUUUUUAGUCAUGAAUUUCUUAAAUUCCUUAUUUAUCGAAUAUUCCAAAGCUUGAGUCCUUUAAUAUAUGUCAUUUGUUUCAAAUAGGACUGGUAAUUUCAGUUCUAUAUAUUUGCUAGCUUAUUUCAUAUUUUAAAAUAUAACCGCAUAUUACCCUCAUGGAGAGUUUGUGUAGAGGCAGUGAAGGUAGGUUUCAGUGCAUGCUGGAUGAAGGAUUUAAUAACUGAAGUGAACAUGGUGCUUUGAAAAUACACAGCAGAUAUCUGAGGCCACUAAGCAGGAACAGGAAAUAGGAUGCUGAGUGCAAAUACUCACAGAUGGUAUCAUGAACACAGUGAAUGUUUUUGAAGAGAUUAUGUGAAGAAAUUAUGAAUUCCCAAACAUUGGUUGUUAAUAUAACUGUUAUGCACAGUUCAGACUACAUGAUUUAAGCCUGAGAACAGCCCGACAUGAUGGACGAAGAGCAUCAGAACUGAAAAAUGGAGUUGGACAUGAUACGUUUUAUCUUGUGUAGUGUGUCAUAGUAAAUGACAACGGAUGCUGCAUCUGGGACACCUCAUGAUGUCCCGACACAAAGUCUAGCAUGUCUUAAUUUUUUUCACAUUCUACAACAAGAUGGGCCAAGGCUGACCGCUAGGAGUACAGAUGACUCUUCUGUUCACAAUGUUUUGGGCAUAUUGGGCUGAACCAUAUUCAUUAAAUGUCACUGUGAUACAGCUAAAAUUAGCAUAAUGACUUUCACGGUCAGCCUUGUGAAGUAGCUACCCUAUCAGGGUUAGCUAGCUAGUUUUUGGUUUUACUAGUCUUAAAACAUUUAUUUUUAACUGCUACUUUGUGCAAUCCAGAUAGGUUAAUGGUUGCCCCCAUUCCAUUCUUUUUUAUGCUUUUCCAAACACAAGCAGCCAGUAUCACAUACACUCUGUGAUCUGUGGGGUACCAGCGUGUAGUCUGUCAUAUUCCUCAUCCUAGAAUGUAUGACUCUAUAACUGUGUAAUGUGACAUAGUGACCAUCAUAUCAGACAAAAUGAAUCAUGUAGUCUGAACCAGGCAUUAGAAACGUGUGUUUUUACAAGUGUAUUAGACAUUUUGAGUUUUAUGUUUCAAUGGUACAGACUCACAGACUCUCUCUCACACACCUUUUUUUAAAUUAACAUUGCUCAUGUGGUGUAGAUAUGAGACAAGUGACUAUGUUGGAUGUUUAAUAAUGUUAAAGUCUCUGAUUUCAUUAUGAAAGUGUG